AUGUCAGUCGAACAUGAAUUGCUUUGUCUACACGAAAACCACCCGUCGCUUACCGCCAAGGAAUCGGUUAUUUUUAUACAUCAUUUUUUCCGUAAAAUCAACAAAUUUCUGUCAGAACUUUGGAGCCUUCUCCUAUUUCAUGCUCAUGUUCAUCCAAGCGACGGCUUUCGUGCACGACUACCGGUACGGCCGUCUGUACGGUGAAUUUCAGUUCCAUGAGUGCCUUAAUUCUUUCGCCACUGUAAGUAAAAAAAGAUCGAUUUUCGAGAAAAUGCCAGCUUUUGCAGGGGCUCUGGCAUUUUAACUUCUCUUUGGCGUUCCGAAUCCUUCCCUUGCAUACUCCUCACUCGGGUCGGACUUUCUCUUAUCGAGUAAUGACAUUUUUUACGGUUCGUACUUAUUUAUUGCAAAAACCAGGCUUGUAAACCGAUAAUUCAAUUGUUGCAGAACUUUCGAAUCGUGUGGUCUUCCCUCCACGUCUACCUGCAUUUCAACAGAAUUGCACACUCGUACGAGACGAUUUUGACGCUGACCGACCAGCAGAAAACGACCGGAAAUGGUGAGAAUUCGUCCAAAUAUCAAGAUGAAACUGUUCGUUUAGAAUUCGAAACGCUCCAACAAGAAAUUGAGAAGAGCACCACGAAGCUGCUCGUCCACUUCUCCUCGCUUCCAUUUCUCGCUAUCGCCGCGUGCAUUCUCUCCGAUAUCACUUUCUCGUUCGUCAAGAAACUUUGGAGACUCCUUCCUCCUCACUCGGGUCGGACUUUGUGUUAUGGAUUAAUGACAUUUUUGACGGUUCGUACUCUAUUAUUGCUAACCCUCAUUCAAUGAUUUUCGUUGUAGUUCUCAAGUUUUGAAUGCAAGAUUUUUCGCAAGUUUUUCGAUACAACCAUUCAGAAAUGUGUUCUUUGUGUGAUUUCAAAACUAGAAAAGUGGAAAAAACGAUAAUUUUGAAUAAACUUUCGAGACAAAUUGUAGGAAUGCAUUUGGAGAAGUGCUGAUUAGAGCGGAGCGCGGCGAGUGAGCAAUAGUGUAGUUAUUCAAACUGAAUCGAGAGAAAAUUUGAAUAAGUCGAUAAUUCAAUUGUUGCAGAAGCUUGGAAUCGUGUGGUAUUCCCUCCACGUCUACCAAUUCUUCAACAGGAUCGCACACUCGUACGAGACGAUUUUGACGCUGACCGACCAGCAGAAAAUGACUGGAAAUGGUGAGGAUUCGUUCAAGUUUCAAUAUUAUAGGGGCACCGGACAGAAAGGGCGCGCUGUUCGCAAUCUGGCAGAAUUUCUAGGCCGCGAAGCAAUUUUCCACUGAAAACGUGGCCUAACUUUUCAAACUCGUCCCCGAGGUCGCUCAAUUUGCACUGCAAAAAGAGUUUCUCAACAGCGCCAUUUCUGUGCGGUGCCCCUAUAAUAUAAAACUGUUCGUUUAGAAUUCGAAACACUCCAAUUGGAAAUCGAGAAGAACACCACGUAA